GAGUUCAAAGCACAGCAGCCGAAGUACGCUGCAGAGUGCUUGAACUACGAGAAUCUCUGGAAGGAUGUCUCGGAGACGUUCAAAGACGAGGAGGACGAGGAAGUGCAGACAACAUCCAAGUUGGAGGCAGAUCCCUCCACGAAGGACCCAUUCGAGCGUGCUCUGUGUAGGCUUCUCGUGCGGCUUGACGCUUGA